AUGUACAAGGAUAAGAAGCGCAAGACUUGGAAUGAUGGCAUCAUCACAGUGGAUUCAUCAAGGGCAGUACUUUAUGAUGACAGGAAGAUCAAACUCGACAGUCUAUUUGUAAACGCAUCAAUCUCGUUCGAAUCGGGAGCUGAAGUUCAGUUUGAUCGAUUCCUUGUUGAAGUUGAAAAGGCUCUUUCGGCUGAUGGGAAGCCUGUAGAGCCACCUGUCGUAACAGCUCAUGCUCCCAUUAUUCGAAAAGUUCUUGCAGGUCGACCACGAACUACUCCACGUGUCUCGCCAGAUGCAAAUCAGCCUUCAUCAGCUCGUGCUGAUCGUGAGGAUCUACAGCCUCCUCCACUAGCGCCGGCACCAACGGCAUCUCCGUUUGUAGUUGCUGCAGUGACUGUAGAUCAACCUUGCCAGCCAAGUCCUCCAACCCUACCAAUUCCAUUAGCACGGCGACACCCUGGUUUAUCACGUCUAGCACCCGUGUCAGCGUCUAAUCCCGUGUCUACGUCAAACACAGACUUCCAGAAUGUGAAAACAAGUACAGGGCAGGAGGCUCUUGUUGAUGGACCACCUCCCGCCAAAAAGACAAAGACCAUGGCUGAGAUUAUGGCUGAAUUCAGUCGUCCACCGCUAGUUGAUACGGUAGUAGAAACACCAGUACCAGUCACUCGGUCGGAAGCACCAGUAGUCCAAGGACGUGAAUCCACACUAGUUAGACCCGUUCCACCUGCAUCUAUUAUUGGCUAUUUGGUUGAUGAUCCUAUGGACGAUCUGGAUGCUAUACUCGACUUUGGUAGUACGCCAGCUCGAGUAUCACCGAAACGAAACCUCGGAAUGAUGGAGCAAUCAGUUGGUGUAAAUAAUAAUCCUGUUGAACCUCAUAUAAAUGGACUCAAGCUGACGGCUACCGAAGCAUUGAUGAAGUUGAAGGAGAAAAUGAUAGAUAGCCGUCUCAGAGUAUUGCAGCCAACCAUCACAAACCAACAGAAACCAGUACCUCGAGUUGACACCAAACAGUACGACACUAGAGAUAACAUAGCAAGACCAUCAAAUCCACCAGUUGUUCGAACUUUUGGGUUUGGCCUUGAUCUUCCAUCUGACAUUAAACAGCAAGUAAUUGAAAGCCCAUUAAAUGCUGCUUUACGAGAUUUGAAAAAUAAUCUACCACCAGCAGCACCUCUUAUCGAAGCUGGCUUGGACGAUAAAUUAAUGGAUUGGAAUUUCGAUUUAGAAGUCUUUGGUCUAGAUCUUGAUAAUGUGGUUGAAGGUGCUGCCAAUCAGGUAGAUGGACAGCAGCAACCACCACCUCGUAUUCUGGAAUUGCAAGGUGUCGGUACAAGUAAAGACUUCUAUCAAGCUGUAUUGCACCCCAUCAAUGACAACUAUAGUAAUAGUGAUGAUUAUGUUGAUGGGGGCUCUGAUAUGUUGGAAAUGCCUGAACUUGAAUUUGAAAUGAAUGAGUUUGAUCAGGAAGUGGACCUAGCACAGGGACUGCCAGAAAUUGGUGUUGUGGUACCAGGAGAAGUGGUAUCAAGUCCUGUGAUUGUGACACCCAUGAUACCACCAAACUCUCGGUUCUUACGCUUUCCGACCGCAGAAGAAUGUCAAAAAAUGGGUCAGCGUAGAUUAUUACGUGUGUCGGAUAUUCCAACACGGUUUGCCAACAAGGACCAAUAUCGCACUGCCUUUGUCAAUGCAAUCACGGAAUGUUUGCAAAUUCAAAUAUCCAACAUUGCUGUCGCUUUUCGCAAGGCUGUUGCAUCUCAUCGUGGUGAUGAUUUGGUCAAAUCAGUUGAGAAGUCAGGAACUCCAAUAUACGCAAGAUGCUCUCUUGAACGCCGGUCUCUGCCGUCAUUCGCAGGAGGACAGGGAGGUCGUCCAGCGAACGAAGCUCAUUUCGUGUUGGGCACCAUUUGGGUGGUCUCGAACUCUAUCGACUUUAUCAAGGACGAAACCUUUUUUGCCAAGACAUUCUUUUAUGGAUUGUCAAAUAUGUCAUUAGACCUGGUGCCAUACUCUCCUGAGGAUCUAAGAAUUGCCUCAACAAUAGCUUCAGUCUCUUCAGGCGAAAGAGCACUCUACGCCAUACGAUUAUGUGAAGCCAGCUCCGAAGACAUCAUGAUCCAGAACCUUGAAUCGAAGGCCAGAGGCCGUUUGAUUCCAUAUCUACUGGACGGCAAGCAAACUACUACUGCCUCAACAAAAGGACCAUUGACUCGCGCCGGCUCAUCAACCAAUGGGUUUGUGAGCCCUGCCAUGAACUCUUCGCUGAUUAUAAAUCGUGAAAUGCCCAAAUUUCUAAAAAUCAGAGACGACGUGGGCAAGGAAUAUAAAUUGAACGCCGAUCAAACUGCGGUAUUGAAUGCUUUUGCUGCUAGUGUCUCUGGUGGAUCCCAUGUCACUCUAGUACAUGGUGUAUUUGGAUCCGGCAAGAGUUUCUUGUUGAUGGUGUUGAUUAUCUUUUUGAAACGAGUCGCGGAUGCUGGUCUGACAACCAAGGAGAUGACGUCAAAAGAGAAGUUUCGAGUAGCCUUUGCGUCAAUGACAAAUGUUGCCGUCGAUCGAGUACUACUAGGCCUUUUGAAACUCGGGUUUAGAGACUUUGUACGUGUUGGUAGUCUGAAAAGGAUUUCAAAAAAGCUUUUGCCAUUUGCUGGUCAAGUCAAGCCGUCACAAGAAGAGAUUAAAGAGCUCGUUUCAAGACAUGAUGAAGGAGGAGACGGUGAUGAUAAUGAUGGCGAAGGAGAUGAUCGUGAUGUUAAAAAGGCCAUUGCGCGAUUCAAAUCAGACAAAGGCAGAGAAGCUAUAAAUUCUGCCUUCUUGAUGGGUAUAACAUGUAUAGCUACCAGCUUUGAAGCCGUCAAGGAUAAAGAGUUUGAUAUUGUCAUAUUGGAUGAAAGCAGUCAAAUUCCGGAACCUCUAUCGUUGUGUCCCAUAAAGCAAUUCAACUGCUCCAAGGCUAUAUUGGUUGGCGAUCCAAAGCAAUUGCCACCAACACUGAAUUCAGAAUCAGCCAUUUCUACUGGUCUUGGUCGAACAAUGUUUGAACGCCUUGCAGACAUAGGAAUGAAACCGAUUCGGCUUCGAGUGCAAUAUCGAUGUCAUCCUCGCAUUUCCAGUAUCGCCAAUGAACUCUUUUAUGGCAACACGUUAAUCAAUGGAUGUACAGAGGAAGAUCUGACGCCUUUGAUUGAAGGACUACCGACUUUGGCGUUUGUUGAUGUAGAAAAUGGAAAUGAAGAACACCAACGAGGUGGGACGUACUGUAAUCCGAAAGAAUGUGAUGUUGCUGUACGAUUGGUCAAUGCAUUGUUGAAGCGAAGGAUUCCUGCUGCGGAGAUUGGUGUGAUUUGUUUGUACAAGGGUCAAGCUGACAGCAUUGAUACAGCUUUGCGAGGUGGAUCGAGAAAGAGUCCUGUCCAGGUAUCCACCGUUGAUGCGUUCCAAGGGGCUGAGAAGUCAGUCAUCAUACUCUCAACAGUCAGGACUGAGAAUAUUGGAUUCAUUGAUGAAACGAGGAGAGUCAAUGUUGCGCUUACUCGAGCAAAACGUCACUUGUUUGUGCUUGGAAAUGCAGGCUUGCUUUCUCGUUCACGUUUAUGGUCACGAGUGAUUAAUGAUCAUUGCAAAAAAUAUGACUCUGGUGUAGUAGUGCCAAUGGAACUUCUCGACCUAGUACAGGCAGGCGUCUCGAACGAUGAUGACAUUGCCUCGCUGUGUCAUGGAGCAUUUGAAGAGAAGGCUGCGCGAAAAAAGAAACCUUCUGUGAAGAGAACACCAGCUCAAAUUGAUUUGUUUGGGCCUGGUACUCAAAUGAGUCAGUUAACACCACCAAGUGAUGAGAAUAAUGUGACUAUCACAACAGCUGGUGAAGGGUCUGGUUGGCCAUGA